AUGGAUAUCUCAAAUAUUUCCCGCCAGAUGGUUGGAUUCCUACUACAGAAACCAAAGAAUUGGACAUCAGAACACGUACGCGCACUCAAUGUGAAAGAAAAGGGCACGAUAUCUGCAGCGGAGAUGGUUGGUCAGGAGCACCUUCCAGACGAAGGCGACCAGGCCGCUAUGUCCGCCUCUUCCAAACUAAUGACUGCUAUCCAGUUUUUGAAAGGAUCAACAGAAGAGAAUAAGAUCAAAGGCGAGGUGCCAUAUGGUUUAUUCCUGAUUUUUGCCGCUUUCAACAAGGAUCCUCAUCAAAGAGAGUAUGCGUCUUUCCUCACCAAUAUGCGUCGUACCUCUCUUACCUGCGUACAAAUUACCAAACUGGUGGCUUCGGGAUCCUACUUGCAGGCGCUGUCUCAAGGCCAGCAUUUGGAGGAGCACUUGGAGAUGUACCGGUCGCAUGAAUUUGAUCUCGUAGAGCCUGAAGGGCGCAAGGCAUUCUUGGUGAUGUUCAUGGGUGUAAUCAACUGCGUGAUGAGUCGUCCGGAGUGA